CCGGCCCUUAAAGCAGGCGCUCGCACGCAUGCCUAUGCCUGCCUGCGUUCCAGAUUCCCAAACGGCCCUGCUCUCCCUCCCUUCUCUUCCUCUGAAGAAGCUAAGAGAAACAAAAACAGGGCAUAACAAUGGCAGAGCCAGCGAUGGCCAUCGGCCUUCUGGCUGUCAUCCUCUUCCUCACCCUCCUCUUCCUCCUACUCCAUCUCUUCUUCCAUCUCCUCCGCCGCCGCACUCACCCACCAUACGAACUCGAAACACCUCCCAUCUCUCCGGCCAAGCUUUCUCCUUUCCACGUCAAUGGAGUCCUCCGCGCUCCAAAAAGCUUCCUUCUUUCCUCCCCUGUGCUCGAUGCCAUGCUCCAGCCGCCGGCUCCCAGCGCGAACGCAACGGAGUGUUUUGUCUGCAUAUCAAAUCCUGUUUUUGAUUCGGCGAGCGGACGAAGCGAGGCGGUGAUGGAGGAGAAUGGCGACAGAUCGCCGGAGCUGAAGCUGAUGAAGAAGCUUCCUUUGUCGAACUCUGUGAGUGCUACGGAGACGAACAGAGCUUCUUUUUUGUCGGAGGAGCUUUGUUCUUCUCCUUCUUGGUGACUGUUGUGGAUAGGUGGUUCAGGUUUAAUUUGAAGCCGCCCUUUUUUUUCAGCUGUGUUCGGUUUCUGUAAGGAGCUGUGUAUUUAAAUCGGAUUUAACUAAAUCCGACAAGCAGAAAA